UAAGCGCGUCCAGAAGUGGUAUCCAUCACCGGCCGGAAACAGGUCGUAGUGUACUUACUGUCACUAUAUCCUUUUCACUCAACUUAGGGUUGUCACAUUACCCGACUUUUACCAAUAUCAACUAUCAACUCUAGGCUUUAGGUGUCGUAUAUACCCUAUCGCCUUUCCGUGAAGAAAACUUGGCCUUCGAAGUGGAUUGGUGCAGGCCGGAGAAAUUUUAUAGGGCGCAAUUUUUACAAGACGGAUUACCAGCUUACGUUAAGGGUAAUCUUUCAAACUAGAUUCCCGCGCCUAGGUGGCACAACAUAAAUCCAACGCCAUACCUAGCAUCCUCCCGCGUUUCGACUCAUAUUCUGGAAGUCUUCCAGGGUAGAGCAACUAGUCCUUUAGUUCUUUUCUUCUUUCACUAAGAGGCUCUUGAAACCGUCAGCCAAUAUGUCUCUUGCGCGCGCCUUUACGACGAGGCGAAAGCAGUCCUCGCAGGAUCUGGGAGGAAUGUUGCCGCAACGGAGCAAUAGUACUGCUAAGAUUAACUCUGCGGCAAUUCGCAACAAGAUAUCUGGUCCUAUGGCCCUUACCCACACAACUAAUAUGCUCGCAUACAACGCACCGGAUUUAUAUCCUCUAUCAGAAACCUCACCAACCGAGUCCAGCAAAUCCGACUCUUCUUCUUCUGAUAGUCCUCGCACUAGCUCAUCAUCACCACCGACGAGCCCUGACAUCCCAACAGCAGAUCGAUCUGUCACGCCAGAGCCCAAUCAUCUUUCGUGCUAUUUCGUCGCUCCAGGCCAGCCCAAGACGCCUUCAAACACAAACGAGGCGCCAAUCAUCCCAAAGCGAUCGCCAUCACACACUAAGAAGGCAUCAAUCGAUAACUUAGCAAACAAGUUUGCGCGCCUUUCCAACCAAUCCGGAAAGUCCGUCUCCACGAAAGCAAGCUUUUCGCUUUCUCGCUCGUCAUCGACCUCGACCUCGACGACAGCUACUUCUGUCUCAUACGGUUCUUUCUCACGCAAACCAUCUAUAACUUCGGCUACGGUGCCCCCUAUGCCUCCCGUAGUCACAUCUCCACCUCCGGCCCGUCCGACUUUCCGCCGAGACUAUUCCGAGGCCCAGCAUCCUUUUGGUAACGAGCUGGCGCAGGUAUCGGAACUCGCAGAGGAGCUGGGCGUUAAGGACAAGAUGCAGGUUAUCGAUGAGGAGGAACAAGAGCUUCUUGCCCGAGGCCUUUACAGUUUCCGACCAGAGGAUUACUUGGCUGAGGUACAAGGACUAUUUGCGACCUUCUUCAAACCCGAACCGGCCGAAAUGCAGCAGGUAUGGAUUUAAACCGGUACAAGUUGUGUUCCGCCUGAAUCUCACUGCCGGAGGUUCGGGGGUAGCAUUAUAUGCGGCAUUUCAAUGUAUAUAUUUGGACGGUCGACUACGAGUCUACGCACAAACCUAGCUAACAAAAAGGUGUCGGCAUACGGGGGGACCUAGCGAUCAGAUUUACGGGUUAAGUUGUGGAGUUUGGGGUGAUAUCUCGCUCGGGGCAAGGUUCGAAGAAGGGACCAAGGCGUUUGAGACAAGGUUGAAAUUUGUGGUUUUAAUACCCAGACACUUAGCACUAGACCUAUACCGGUCAUUUCUUCUGUUGUUCGUCAAGUUUGAUGGAUUGGGGUGGAAUAUUAUUGUUUAUGAAGCGCCUCUUACUAAGGCUUAAAGCAGUGUUAAGAAUUGAUGUGGACAUAUGCCCGUUUGUUUAUGAAUUACAUUUACGUAGUGUUAAACGAUGAAGUGAACAUUAUCUGCGCAUGAAUCUAUGGC